AUGGACUCAGGGGACCUGCAGCGGCGGGCCAUAGAGCCCUGGACUGGGGACCAGAAGGCUGCAGCUGAAAUCCUAAUCCUGCCCUCCACUGGCUGGGACAAGAAGGCCCUGUGGAACCUGGUGAAGGGGGAGCUUGAGAAGUGGGACCAGGUGUUGGACAGGGCCCUUUUCUCCCUGAGGACGGCCGUGACUAAGAACAAGAGGAAAAGUCCCUUCCAGUUACUUUAUGGCCGCAAGCCCCGGGCCCCCCAGGACGUUCCCUCCUAUUUUGACGUGGUUGCAGCAGACACCGUGGGGGACAGUGCAGGGGUUACCCAUGGGGAUAAAGGGCCCACUGGGACCGUGGCACACGCGGCACCAAAACCUGUGGGGCAGCAACCGAGGCGACAGAUCAUCCGGGAGCCCACUCUACAGGUCAUGGCGAAGCCCACCGUGGAGCCCGUCCAGCAGCCCGUGCCGGAGCCCGCCCAGCGGCCCAUAAUGGAGCCCAUGCAACAACCCAUGCCGGAGCCCGCCCAGCGGCCCAUAAUGGAGCCCAUGCAACAACCCAUGCCGGAGCCCGCCCAGCAGCCCGUGUUGGAGCCCUCCCAGCCGCCCGUGCCGGAGCUCACCCAGCUGCCCAUGCCGGAGCUCGUCCUGCAGCCCAUGCCGGAGCCGUCCCAGCAGUUCGUGCUGGAGCCCUCCCAGCAGCCCAUGUUGGAGCCCUCCCAGCAGCCCAUGUUGGAGCCCUCCCAGCAGCCCAUGUUGGAGCCCUCCCAGCCGUUCGUGCUGGAGCCCUCCCAGCAGUCCGUAUCAGAAUCCAGACAACCAUCCAGGCCAGAGAGCAUGGGGCCGUUCGUGCACCAGCUCAUACCAGAGCCCAUAGGUCAGCACAUGUGGCAGCCCAUGCUGGGGGCCAUCAACCAGUCUGUCCCUCAGCCCAUCCAGCAGCUCAUGCAGCAGUCCAUGAUCCAGUCUCUCCAGCAGCCCAUGCAUCAGCCCAUUCAGCAGCUCAUACUGCAGCCCAUCCAGCAGCCCAUGAUGGAGCCCCUCCAGCAGCCCAUGAUGGAGCCCCUCCAGCAGCCCCUGCACCAGCCCAUCCAGCAGUCCGUGCUGCAACCCAUGUCCCAGCCCAUGCAACUGCCCGUACCCCCGUCUGUGCAGUGGCCCGUGGCCCAGUCUAUCCAGCAGCCCAUUCAGCAGCUCAUCCUGGCAAAACCUAUGCAUCCACCCGUGCCCAGGCUGGCAGAGUGUCCUGUGGUGAGCGGCUGGGACCAACGGACGACCCCCAGCCUCGACAACCCCUGGGAAAAGUGGGAGCCUGGUGGAGGAGCCUUCUGGACUCAAUGGCGGGAGCCUGGCAACUAGUGGGAGAAGUGCGGCGACUCUCUUCCAUUUCUAAAUUCAAUUAGAUGACUAAUCCUUGGGGGUGGGGGUGGGGAGUGGGAAUAGAAAGCGGUCUUGGGAGUGAACCAUAAUUGCUCCCAUCCACGGUGACCCCAAGUCUGGGUCUGGUUUUGAGAACGGAGCCAGACAUCUUGGAUAUUGUUCCUCCUGUGGCCCAUCCUUCCCUUCAUUUGGAGAAACAGCAACAAAAACAAAAGUCUCUGUCCGCACUGGGCUUAUAUUCUACUGGGGAGAGUGGAGUUAAAACGUUCGUCAAUCAAGAAUUCAUCAGUCCCUUUUCUGUUCUGGUCCCUGGGCUGCUGGAUCGUUGGAGAUUGCAGCGACGAGUCCCGCUUUCAAGUUAUCGGGGAAAUGGACAGAGAGACGGGGGGUCCCAAAAGUCUUAGUGCAGUUUUAACCUAUUACGACUUUUUAAGAUUUUGGGGACACCCUGAAGAAAAUUGAUAAGAAGGUGGUUGGAUGUGGCAGGGAAGGAAGAAAGCACAAGUCGUGAGACUAGAGACUUCUGGGGGAACACGGCAUGUGAAGUAAAGGGUUUUCUAGGCAGGGUAGAUAGCCUGUGCAAAGACUGAUACUUGGGCCUGGGCUGGGGGGGGGGGGGGGGGGGGGGGGAGGGGGGGUAUGUCUGGACCAACAAGAAAACCGGUUUGAGGCCGGAAAGGUGGUUAGAUCCAGAUUGAGGUAAUGGGGAGCUGUGGAAGUUGCUGGAGUAAUAGCAGCUACUCAGAUCAGUAGAUAAUUGGGAUCAGGAAAGCUCUCCUAUAGGAGAUGGUACCUAGGGCAAAUCUUAAAGAAAAGGAGGAGUGAAUUGGAAGUAAGUUCUAAGCGGGCAGGAUAGAGCCUGUGCAAAGACUGCAGAAAGCAUCAGGUUCAGGGAUACGUGCCGAGCAGGUCGGUUUGCCUGGAAGACAGGGUUUGGGCAGAGGAUGCAAAAAGGGGAAAGGGGGGUGAGUUAAGGGAGCAGCAGAGACCUAGUCCAUCACUGUUGAUCAUCACGUGAUCUUGUUACUGUUUAACGAUGUUCUCUUGGUUCUGCUCCCUUUCCUUCGUGUCAGUUCAUGUAAGUCUUUCCAGGCUUUUCUGCCAUCAGCCACCCUCAAUAAUCCAUUUUUAUACUGUAACAUUUGUACCAUAAGGUAUUCACGUACCAUAUGCCAUAUACCAUGAUGUAUUCAGCCAUUCCCCAACUGAUGGGCAUUCACUCAAUUUCCACUUCCUUGCCAUCACAAAAAGAUCUGCUCCAAGAUGAUCUUUUUCUUUUCCUUUUUUUAAACUUUAUUUUCAAAACACGGGCAUCGUUUCCAACAUUCGUCUUUGCAAAACCUUGUGUUGAGAUCGUCUUUAUGAAGAGGACCAAUGAGAUCACAGGGCGAUGACUCCCCACGGGAACUGGAUCUAAAUGAGAAAGAGUCACGUCGUCAGCCCCAGUUCCUUUUUUGAAAUUCGUGGGUUUUUUUCUGUUAUACAGACACGGUUUAAAAAUAUUCAGUUCUUCAUGAGUAUAUCGGGAAAGGAAAAUAAGAACAAAAGGGAAAAUCCAUAAUAGAAGAAGAGGAAAAAACCCCAAAGUGAACCUAGCAUAUGUUGAUUUACAUUCAGUGUCCAUAGUUUGUCUGGAUGCUGAUGGCGUCUUCCAUCCAAAGCUUAUCGGGAUGGCUUUGGAUCACCGAAUUGUAGAGGAGAACCAAGUCUUUCCUAGUUGACGGAUCAUUCCUGGUUCUGCUUGUUCAGCUCCGGUCCUGGAGUCACUGAGAGCCAGUGGUUUUGAGGCCAGAACGACCGGCAGGUUUCCCUGCAGUGGAUGACCUCGGUAUCUCCAAUGUCUGCCCAACCUCCAGGUGCACUCCACUUCAUCUCCGACCACUCUCGCGGCUGUUGGAACGAAAUUUUCUCAUCUCCCCGUUCUUGCAGAGGAAGUCUUCCCCCUCUAAGGCCCACAGGGGCUGCUUCGGCGAAUGGGGGAGGGCUCGGGCUGCAUGUUCUAAGUCACUGAUACCUUUGAAGGUUGCUUUAACCUCUGCUGAGAUGUGGUCCCUGGGCACGGCCACCUUGGCAGGUGGGCACAUUUGGCACAUAAGGACCGAUGCCUCUGGUGGCCUUCUAUACCCCGGACUUCACGUAGGCUCGGACUGGUGUCCAUUUGGGUGAAGAGAAGAGGGGCGAGUUUGAGGGAUGGAGGGCACAGUGGCUCCGCUCGGGGCCGGGAGGUGGGCCAGAUUCAUGGAUGACAGAGUCUGGGAAAUUUGGACCACAGACUGAAUUGCAUGAGUAGCAAUCGGAUAAGAAGGGGAAAGAUGAGAUAAUAAACAUGAGAUCCUUGGGGACAA